UACAGAGAUUUUUUAUUGUCAUGACUGGGGUUGGUGGCACUACUGGCAUUUAGUGUGGAGAGGCCAGGGAUGCUGCUAAACAUCUUACAAUGCAAAGGGCAGCCCCUCCAAGGGAAAGAAUUAUCUGGUCUAAAAUGUCAAUAGUGUGGAGGCUGAGAAAAACUGAACUAGAUGGCUAUGAACUUUCAGGGUCCCUACCUAGUACACAGGCAGCGCCUAGAAUUGCUAAGUUCAUCUUCCGUUUGGAAAGGCUGCAUGGGGUUAGUGAGAGGAAGGCGUCCGGGGCUGGCGGCUGGCUUUAAAGGCCUACGUGCAAAUCUUCUUGACGCUGAUAACGGGAUGCGAGAGAGCCAGGCAGGUUACAUAUUGCAGCAGGUCAAGGGAUGAUGUCGAAAAGGAUACGUGUGCCGGGCACUGUGGAAGGUAAAGCGCUCCGCACACCCCGCCUAAGUGCGCCCGGGACAGAGGCAUCCCCCAGGUCCGACCAAACACAAAUCCUUCAGCUGCCGGGACUGGGAAGGUAUUCAGUGACACACCGGAAGCAGCCUGGUGGCUGAGGCGUCCUUCUCCCUACCAACGGGUUGCGAAGGAAGUAGUUGCUGUAGCUGCGCCCUGUGCGCCUGCGCGGAGGCGCCGGCUGCUGACGUGGAUCUGGGGCCAGGCCGGCCGAGCCGGGCGCGCGGCGCAGUGCUGCAGAAUCGCUGGGGUGGCAGAGCCGCCAGCGAGGCUGGGGAUGGGGGCGCCGCUGCUCUCUCCCGGCCGGGGAGCCGGGGCUGCCGGCCGGCGCUGGUGGGUGCUGCUGGCGCCCUUGCUGCCGGCUCUGCUGCUGGUGCGGCCUGCGGGGGCCCUGGUGGAGGGGCUCUACUGCGGCACAAGGGACUGCUACGAGGUGCUGGGCGUGAGCCGCUCGGCGGGCAAGGCGGAGAUCGCGCGGGCCUACCGCCAGCUGGCCCGGCGCUACCACCCCGACCGCUACCGGCCCCAGCCCGGCGACGAGGGCCCCGGGCGGACGCCGCAGAGCGCCGAGGAGGCUUUCCUGCUGGUGGCAACCGCCUACGAGACACUCAAGGAUGAAGAAACACGAAAAGAUUAUGAUUACAUGCUGGAUCAUCCAGAAGAGUACUACAGCCAUUACUACCACUACUAUAGCAGGCGCUUGGCCCCUAAGGUGGAUGUUAGAGUCGUGAUUUUGGUCAGCGUGUGUGCUAUUUCGGUGUUUCAGUUUUUCAGCUGGUGGAAUAGCUACAAUAAGGCAAUCAGCUACCUAGCCACAGUGCCCAAGUACCGUAUCCAAGCUACAGAGAUUGCCAAGCAGCAGGGACUGCUCAAAAAAGCCAAAGAAAAAGGCAAAAACAAAAAGUCCAAAGAAGAAAUUCGUGACGAGGAGGAGAACAUCAUAAAGAACAUUAUAAAAAGUAAAAUAGAUAUAAAGGGGGGCUAUCAGAAACCCCAAAUCUGUGAUCUUCUCCUGUUUCAAAUUAUCUUAGCUCCUUUUCAUCUAUGCUCAUACAUAGUUUGGUAUUGCCGGUGGAUCUAUAAUUUUAACAUCAAAGGCAAAGAAUAUGGAGAGGAAGAGAGAUUAUACAUUAUACGUAAAUCUAUGAAGAUGUCAAAGUCUCAAUUUGAUAGUCUAGAAGAUCAUCAGAAAGAAACUUUUCUUAAACGAGAGCUCUGGAUCAAGGAGAAUUAUGAGGUCUACAAGCAAGAACAAGAGGAAGAAUUAAAGAAAAAGUUGGCAAAUGACCCCAGAUGGAAGAGAUACAGGAGAUGGAUGAAGAAUGAAGGGCCUGGGCGGUUAACAUUUGUGGAUGACUGAAGAUUGAUGGAAUGCUACUACGCCAAACCUUAAUUGUGAUAUUAUUUUCAUAACUGAAUUAUUUUAGAAACGUAUCAAUUGACUGCUGCUCAGCAGUAACUAAAUUUCCUCAAGUAUUUGAUUAAACAGAAUAAUGUCGAAAUUUAAACCUUCCCUUAAAACUUUAUACAUUAGACAUUUAUGAUUGUUCAAUUUUUAUAAUCUAUUUGUGGAUUUUGUUAAAAGAUUUCACAUGAAGAUUUAUUAGUUGCCAUUUAAAAUUUUUAUAUGUUUAGUUAAAAGAUUUGACAUGAAAAUUUAUUAGAUACCAUUUAAAAAUUUUAUGUGUUAUGUGUUUAUUCUUCGAGAAUGUUUCCUUACUCUUUGUAAUAGUGCUACAUUUUUCUGCUUUCAUGGCCUCUGUAUUUUCACAAAACACCAAAAACAGCGUUUAAUUAUAUUAUCAUGAGUGUUUUUCUGGACACAAACUUCUUCAGUAGAAUGACCUAACAUGUCGUUUUCAUUACAGUCAUUAUAGGAUUGAAAUACGUUCAGAAUAACCUCUCUAGGAAAGUCUUCUGCUAGAAUACCCCCCCACCAUUCAUUAUAAUAUUCUUUGUUUUUAAAGCCAGUCAAAUAUAAUAGUCUUAAUAAGAUCAGAAACUCUCCAGGAGAGUGAGUCUACCCUCACGUCCUUGUAGGAUGAUCUUGAUUAUAGUCUCAUUAUAGGACUAUAACUGUAUUCUCAACAUUUCUCCAGAAAGGACCUUGUAAAAAGGUCUUUUGUACCACAGUAUUGGUUUUUUCCCCUCUCUCUUCACUUAAAAAAAAAAAAUAGCAAGGCAGAAAUAGUGUAUUGAAAAGUUGUUCAUCUAUUAUGAAGUCCUUGAGUGGUGAAAAAUCCAUUGUACAUGAGAACAUUUCUAUGCAUUUAAACCAGAAACGAGGUACAUGGCUGUGUGCUCUUCUAUCAACCAAUGAAAUGUAAGUGUUUUUCAUGUGUGGCAAUGCAAGUAAAUAACUCAUUAUUUGACUGAAUCAGGCAUGAUACUGCACCAAAGUGUCGGUACAUAUUCACGGUAGUAAAUCAGUACCCCUGUUAAAGGAUUUAUCCCAUUGCUUCAUAUUAAUAAAAUGGUUACAAUAUA